AUGAUUGUCCUUGGAUAUAUUAAAAACGAAACCCGGAGAUUCAAAACCUUUGUUGGAAAUAGGGUAAGUGAAAUUCAUGAUGUGACGUCACGGGACCAAUGGAGACACGUAGAUACGGCUUCCAAUCCAGCAGACGUCGCUUCUAGAGGAAUGCAUGCCAGUGAUUUUAAGACAAUGAAAUUUUGGAUGCAUGGACCUGAAUUCCUUCAAAAAGAUGAAAGCCAUUGGCCAAGCCACCUAACUAAACCUGAAUUAGACGACGACACUGAGCUGAAAAAAGAGGUUGUCGUCAACACAACUAGUGCAGUUGAAUCCAUUCAAAGUAUAAUAGAUAGAUACUCCAGUUGGACGAAGCUGAGAAGGGCCGUUGCUUGGUUACUAAGAUAUAAGGUAUACUGCAGACGUAAACACUUAAACCACACCUUGGGACUGAGUGAAGGUGACUUGAGCACCAAUGAACUCAACAUGGCAGAACAUGCCAUAUUAGCGUUGGUUCAACGUACGUCGUUUACCGAUGAGAGAAUAUAUCUACAAAAUGGGAAUUCUGUAAGAAAAUACAGUUGUUUAGCAUCUUUGAACCCGAUUAUACACCAUGACCUGAUCAGAGUACAAGGACGCUUACAAUGCGACUAUCCAAGCAAAUAUCAAGUCGUACUACCUAGCAAACACCAUGUAACAAAACUAAUAAUAAAACAUAUCCACGAACAUAAUGGUCAUGUUGGAAAAGAGCAUGUACUUUCUAUGUCACGUGAGAAAUAUUGGAUUCUACACGGACCUAGCGCAGUGAAGAGUAUUUUGAGAUGUUGCAUCCCAUGCAGACGACAACAUACACCGUUAAUGACCCAACAGAUGGCGCCCUUGCUUGACGAGCAGACAACACCGGAUAUGCCACCAUUUUCCCAUAUUGGAAUCGAUUAUUUCGGACCAUUUAUUGUGAAGACAGCUCGUGCACGAGAAAAGCGUUAUGGUUGUAUUUUCACGUGCCUAACGUCGCGUGCGGUACAUUUUGAAAUUGCUCACAGUCUAUCUACUGAUUCCUUCAUAUCUGCCUUUCAACGCUUUCAAAGUCGACGUGGACGCCCACGGAAAGUCUUCAGUGAUAAUGGAACCAAUCUUGUUGGAGGUGAAACUGAACUACGAAAAUCAUUGCAGCUAUGGAACCAGUCCAAACUCAGUGGAUUUUUUGCUCAGAACGACAUUGAAUGGCAUUUCAACCCUCCGAACGCAAGCCAUAUGGGAGGAGCAUGGGAACGUUUAAUUCGUUCUGCUAGAGUUAUAUUGAAAUCUCUCGUCCGAGAACAACUACUUAACGACGAGCAGCUGCUUACAUUAAUGGCUGAAAGAGAGAAAAUACUAAAUGACAGACCUUUGACACCCGUUAGCAGUGAUCCCAGAGACCCACCAGCAUUAACGCCGAGUAUGCUACUGCUAAUGAAAUCAAACCAGUGCUUACCUGUUGGUAUAUUUAAGAAGCAAGAUAUAUACGCAAAACGGUGGUGGAGACAAGUGCAGUAUCUCGCAGAUGUAUUUUGGAAACGAUGGUUGAGAGAAUACUUACCACUACUUCAGAAACGUCAGAAAUGGCAACGUAAAACUGUAAACCUGAAGAAAGAUGAUGUAGUUCUUGUUGCCGUUGACAACGUUCCCAGAGGACAGUGGCCACUAGCCGAGUGGUUGACGUGA